AUGACUUCCGAUCCUUUCUUCCAACCUCCUCAAAGCACCAUCCGUACAGGGCGAGGGCUUUCUCCGGAUGUUUACUUGUUUAGAACUACAAUUAAUGUAUUUUGUAAGGGAAAGAAGGUUGAAGAUGCAAUUGGGUUGUUCAUGAAAAUGGAGGAGUUGGGUAUUGCUUCAAAUGUUGUUACAUACAAUAAUAUUAUUCAUGGGCUACGCAAGAACAGGAGAUUAGAUGAGGCAUUGCAGUUUAGAGAGAGGAUGCAAAUGUUGGAUUGGGGGGUUGUACCUAAUGAGGUUGUAUAUAACACAUUAAUUGAUGGGUAUUGUAAAGCAGGAAAUAUUAGUCAAGCACUGAAGAUAACGGAUGAUAUGAUAUCAAAGGGCAUAACUCCUAAUACAGUUACUCUUAAUUCUCUUAUACUGGGUCUUUGCGAAAGUAAUGAUAUGGAGCAUGCUGAGCAUGUUUUAGAGGAGAUGUUAUUGAGUGGGUUACCUAUAAGCCAUGUGGCUUAUACUUCGAUCAUUCACGGGUUAUGUAUGAGGUCUAAGUUUGAUUCUGCACUUUUGUUCACCAAGAAGAUGCGUGCUGUCAAGAAACUCUAG